GUUGCUUAGAAAAUGCUGGAUGCCCUGACCCAAAUUACAAUUUUUUGUUAAAUCAUACUCUUCCUCCCCUCAAACUCCCCAAACGAGCUUAGGCAGGUCAGCUUGUCAUGGCCAUUUCGGACCUACAAAGCUCUUACACAAACCGCGUGGGUUUGUACACGCGCACACAAGCUGUUGUCUUUGUUCGUAUCCUCUAACGCAUCGCAGGAAUAACUCAAUGGCCACGGUACGAAUACAAGACGUCGAGAAUCGUCAUGAAGCUUCUCCUCUUCUCGGAAGCGAAGUGGAGACAACCAACAUAUCACCGCAGCGAAAACGUCACAUCGUCCAGCUCCUGUGCGCCUUUGCUUUCACAUUGAUGCUUGGCGAUGGACUCCAGCCCGCCGCACUCAUUCAGAUCUACGAGUCUGCCAUCUGCGACGAUUAUUACAAGGCACAUUCUUUAGACGUCCCCGAGCAUGAUCGCUGUCAGAUCCAGCCUGUGCAGAAGGAGCUUGCGCUUGUGCGUGGCUUCCAGCAGCUGGUGCCUCUAAUACCAGGCUUAUUAUGAACUGUACCCUAUGGUCUCUUGGCGGAUCGCAUCGGCCGGAGACGAGUGCUGAUUUUCAGUGGCACCGGCAUUUUUGCUUCACUUGCUUGGGUCAUGGCUAUAUGCUACUGGCAAUUCGCUCCAAUCCGCUGGGUUCUGUUCUCAGGUUUCUUCGGCCCUGUUAUCAGCGCCCCAUUGAUGGAGAAAGGACAUUUUUGGACCCUGUUGGUACUGGCUGAGAUCGUCAUCUUUUCUGCCACUUUCAUUCUGCCAUUGUUCAUCCCAGAAACACUGCACUUCCGAAACAGGGACUGGCUCGGUCGAGGAUCGCCCUUCGGAGAGGGACAGGGGGGGCGGGUGCAGGAGUGCUGGGGGGUAGUAGCCCCAUGGCAGCCAGGUGGGCUCUUUCGGAGGCGUUCAUGGUGGUAUUAUCAAUAGACUAUCGAUAAAGAGAUAACUAUAAUUAUCAAAUAAUUAAUUCGAUAAUGAAAAC